AUGAUAACAGCACCAUCCAUAUCGGCAUUGAGCGGGCCAACAAUAUCAGGGAACGUGGUGGGACUUGGAGGAGCCGGCAUUGUCAGCGGAUGGAUAAGGGACGGUAUGGUCGCUGGCCGCAACGACGACAUCCACUGGACCGGCCAGACAAUACGGGAUAAUGUGUCGAGACGCUACACCACUGCAACUAUUUCGCCUCCGGUGGUCGACCAUGCUCUGGUUGCAGGAGAAGCCGAUGAGGAACUGCUCGAGGGGAGUGAGCUGGGUAGUCUAAUCCCCGUACUCAGCACCCCCAGCACGUUUCUUCGGCUUGGGAUUCCGACCUUGAGCGCCCGGUACUCUCUCUUUCUCGGUUUCUCACAGCUCCUGUGGCAAGCCACUGCUACUUGGAGCAUCUGUCACCGCAUUAGGGCGAUAGCGUGGCUGGCCGCCAAAGCCCCUUUCAUCAUCCUUGGGGACUUGUGGAUCAACGUGUACGCCUCGAUGAACUACGAUCCAUUUGCGAACCGAGGUUUCUCCCAUGCUUCUCCAACUGGGGGACUCACCAGGUUUCAAAUCUUGUUUUGGAACUGGACAAAAUGGCUCAGAUGCGAUGCGAAGCCGUGGCUGGUGUCAGUGUGGGAGGAUUUGAGGGGAAUCUUGGUGCAGGGGACAUCGUUCUUUAGCCGGAACACCAAAAAGAAGAGGAAGAAGUGGCGGAUUCCUGGGCCGACGUUGCAAGGGAUCGUGGCAGAUACCAAGUCACAGCUCGAGCGCGAAGAGGAGGAAAAGGAAUUGGAAAGGCGCAGGAAAGAGCAGGAGACAGCUGCUGACAAUGGCAAUGGCGGAAGUCGUCGAAAAGGCGGCCGUGGAAACGGAGGUAGAAAGCAAAGGAAAUGGUAA